AUGGCUUAUAGUUGUGUUAAAGGAAAGAGUUUUUUUGGACACAUCCAACGGAUUUAUACUAUUUUUGCAAAUUCUAUCAAUCGUUGGCAAAUUUUGAAAGAUAAUGUGAAAAACUGGAGUCUAAAGUCAUUGUCUCAAACUCGUUGGGAAAGUCGUUUUGAGAGUGUUAAGGCAAUCAAAUUGCAACUUGAUGAUGUGCGGGAAGCUUUGCUUGAAGUUGGAGAGACAGAUAGUGAUGCUGCUAUUGCAGAGGAAGCAUUAGCUUUAGCAGAAAAUCAACUUAGUAGAUUUGAUUUUUUGGUAUCAAUUGUUAUUUGGUAUGAAGUGUUAAACCGGGUGAAUAUUGUGAGCAAAAAAUUACAAGCAAAGGAUAUGCAUCUUGAAAUUGCUAUUCAAGAAAUAAACAAUUUGAUUGAGUACUUUAAGGAUUAUAGAGAAACCGGUUUUCUUAAAGCGAUUGAAGAAGCUAUGGAGAUUGCUAGUGAUAUGGAAAUUGAUCCCAUAUUUAAAGAAAAACGUAAGAUUAAAAGGAAAAAAAGAAAAGAUGAGACUUCUAGUAGCGAAGAAGUUGCAUUUACAGUAGAAGAGAAUUUCAGAGUAAACUUUUUCUUAUAUAUUGUGGAUCAAGCUAUUGCUUCUUUAGAGAAAAGAUUUGAACAAUUUAAAUGGUACGAGGGUUUAUUUGGUUUUUUGUUUCCACGUACGUUGAGGAUUAUUAAAGAUGAAGAUCUUAAGUCGUCUUGUCAUUGUCUUGAAAAUGCACUCAGGUUUAAAGAAAAAUCGGAUAUUGAUGGCGAGGCACUUUAUACAGAGCUUAAUUUAUUUCGUGACUCACUAACCAAUAAAUUUAGCAGUCCUGCAGAUGUUUUGGAGUAUAUGAAAGAAGACGGUUAUUCCCCAGAAGCAUGCAUUGCAUAUAGAAUACUGUUGACUAUUCCAGUCACUGUGGCAUCUGCAGAAAGAAGUUUUUCGAAGUUGAAGUUAUUGAAAUCUUACCUACGAUCUUCAAUGUCCCAAGAAAGACUUAGUGGGUUGGCGAUGAUUGCUAUCGAGAAUGAAGUCUUAGAUGAUAUAAACUGUGAAGAGUUGAUUCACCAAUUUGCUAUCAAGAAUGCAAGGAGAGCUUCACGAAUCAUUGGUUAG